AUGUCCCAAAACGUCGAGGACCCCCCCUUUGAUAUCGUCUCGGCGCGAUUUCGGACCGCGACAAACCCUUUGCGACGCCUCCCUCUCGUUUCGUCCUAUCUGAAUGGAUUGCAAAGCCGGCUUGGUGUAGAGGUCGUUCGCGCCAUCCUCGCUCGGGCAGAAGAAGUUCUGGAAGCUUUCAAGGUUGUAGACAGUGUUGACGAGGAUAACUACGAUUAUGACUACGAGUUUGACUUCGGGAACGACUUCGAGGGUAACUAUCAGAUUGACAUCUCGAUGCGGGAGACAAGGGAUUGCCCAGCGACAGCAGCACCGACUAUCAUGAUCGAUUUCAAGACUUUCCCGACAGACCGCGAGGCAUUACGCGAGGCCACACAGCAAAUCGCCGAGUUUGCCCGGGAUGUCUCUAAUGAGCCAUUCUGUGUCGAGUUGAUUGACCUGAGGCUUGUUUACACUAUUACUUACGGGCCCGUGAAAGAUCGCCUCGGCUUACUUCAGUGCUGGGACAAGAUGCGGAUCCUGGUGUACGAGCGUCUCGAGGCGCACGACGCUACCAAAGGUUCUAUAACUUCCAUAAGUCUGUUUCACUACGGCACGCGACAGUUUUACAGGAAUAAUCCGGUGACUAUUUUCAUCACGGUCGAUUAUGACUCACAAGAGGUUGGAUGGCCAGACGUCAUCGAAGAUAUCGAGAAAAGCCUAAAGGAACAUCAUCUACCGCCUCUCUACAUUCAUAUUGAGCACAAUGUUGGCUUUUCCUCUGCGCCCCCGUCAUUACUGGAUCUGGAGGGUGAACGUGCUAGGAACAGACUUGGUCGCGGGUACAUCGAGGGCGCCUACAACAAAACGGUAAAUCUUGGCGAAGUGAUAGGCCCCGCUAACUUCGUCAUGAGAGAGGAUUGGACCGAGGGCUAUUCAGGGCACGGCAAUCUAGGGUGCUAUGUUGAAGUCAAAACAGCGCAGGGUUCCUGGGAGAAAUACGGGCUCACGAACUAUCACGUCGUGCGUGGUGCCUUCCCAGGCUUUGACACUACAAUAGUCAACAAGGAAACAGUCCUAGUCACACCGCCAGCUCAGUCUGCUUUACUUGUAGCUGAUGAAAACGGAUUGCUCCCCGGGUCACAUGAAGCUCUAGCCAUGAUGGAGAGUCCCCCAAGGUCACUGCACGACUACACUCUUUGGAUUGCGCAGAAAAACCUGGAUGAGAUGAAUAGAUCACUGCAACGGCUUCAGGAUAAUGUAGCGGGAUCAUCGCAUGCAAAGCAGACCUACGAACGUGUAGAUGGGUACAAAGUCGAGCUGAUUCAAGAAGUGGAAAAGAAGAAGGACUUCUUUAACUUUUACCAACAUGCUUUGGGCGAAGUAUUUGCUGCUUCCGGCUUUAGCGAAAGGACUUCUGAGAAUGGCAGACUUGACUGGGCAUUGAUCAAGGUAGCCGAGGGUCGAACCGGCACUAACAUUUUGCCCGAUAGGUCGGCUUGGGGAAGUACCCUGGGCAGACCUUUCUUGACGUUCGGGCGACAGCUUCAGCCCCCGGGCAGUCAACCCGGCCACAGCGAGAGCAUCAGCCUCGAAAACCAAGUACAGAGCGAAGAGGCGUUCAAAUAUGGAACUACGACUGGUCCAAUUCGGGGGGAAUUUCACAUAUUCAAGACUAAUGUCCAGUUCAUGGAUGAUCAACACGUUGGCGACGAUCCGUUGUCUAGCGAGUACCUCUUCCAAAUGAGGAGGGAAGUCAGAGACGAGCCCUUUGCUGGAGCAAUUGUAUACGAUAAGUGGGGAUGUGUUCUUGGGCUCUUGUCCAGAGGACUUCAGCCUCAGAGAGCAGGAGACUUUCAUGUGUACGUGACUCCGAUUGAGCAUGUGUUUCGUCACAUAAAGGAGUCUUCCAACGGGAGAAUCGUCGACAUCCGUGUCGCCCAGGACCAGGCGGCUUAA